AUGAAGUCCAAGCAGCCCAAGUGGAAGAAAUUCCACUGUCCGCCCCUGUCAUCGUCGCGCAAGGAGCAGAUCACACACGAGGCCAAUCGCGCGUGCGACGAGCUGCUGCGUUUCUCGGCUGGCGAGGCCUUCAGCAGCAGCAGCAGCAGCACAAGCUCGAGUCUGGACAGCGACGAGGACCAGCUCCAGGACGGUCUCAAAUGGGAGUACACUGAACAACUAGAGAGCAUCCGCGUGGAGAAGGUCAAGGUCAAGUCCGAGACUAAAAAGAGCGUUUAUUACUUCCGGGGUAUCACUCAAGUGGAGGGCACUAUUGAGGAGGUGAUGGAGCUGUACCACGUCGACAUGGCCCACCCGAAUUUGCAGCUCGAGAAGAAAUUAUCCCCCGACAUUCUACACUCGGUAGUGCUCUACGAGAUCCUGCCCUACCGACCAGAGGAGAGCACAGUCCUCAUCGGCAUCCGCUGGUCAGCCGUACGCUCACCCUACGUCAUGGUGCGCAACCGAGACUACUGCUAUCUGGAGAUCCAGCGCCGCUUUACGCUACCCGACGGCCGGCGAGGCUUCGCUCGCUGUCUACAUUCGGUUAAAAUUAAGAGCUGUCCUGAUAUGGAAAAGUCUCACGGCUUCGUGAGAGGCAGCAUGUACCGCUCGGGCAUCGUGUUCAUCGAGAGCAAGCGGGACCGCAAGACACUGGACAUUGUCCAGGCGGUGUAUACAGAUUUGAAAGGUAACGUACCGCAAUGGGUGGCGGCCAAGGGACUGCGGCAGAGACUCAUGAGUCUGGAACAUCUCAAGAAAUACGUCAACAUGAAACGCGUGGCGAACCAGACAUUCGCCCGUCGAAGCCAACUGAUGGCACCGGGGAAGGUCAAGUCGUGCUUUGUGUGUGUGGACGACAUCGGCACGUUUAAGAGGAGAUACAACUGCCAGAAAUGUGGAGAGGUACGGCGGAAUGCGAGGAGAAGACUACGCUUGCUGUCAUUUGUGGCCGCUGUAAGCUAA